GCCAGUCAUUCAAUCCUUCACAUCAAUCAAUGGCGGACGUUGCUCCAGCUGGAUCUGUCGAUUCUUUCAGUCGCUCUCGAUCUCGCUCGAGAUCCCGUUCAGCUUCUCCCGUUCGACGCACCAAUGGUGGUGACCGUUAUAGAGAUCGAUCACCACCACCACGGCCACUUAUUAAUGAUCCUGAUCCGAUCCGUCGACGCGAGAGAGAACGACAGCUCAUGAUGAGACAGGAAAUGUCAGCUACCAAUCCACCAGCAAAACGCAAAGUUGAUCCUGCGGAAGAGAUGCGAAUCGCUCAAACUACCACUAAAGCUGGAGGUGCUUAUAUCCCUCCUCACAAACUUCGACGAAUGCAACAGGAGAUAUCAGAUAAAAGUAGCAACGAAUAUCAGCGUAUCACAUGGGAAGCUUUGAAGAAGUCUAUCAAUGGUCUCAUCAACAAAGUUAAUAUCACCAAUAUCAAAAUGAUCAUACCAGAAGUUUUUGGAGAAAACCUAGUUCGGGGAAGAGGACUAUACUGUCGAAGUAUUAUGAAGGCACAGAGCGCCAGUUUACCAUUUACAUCGGUGUAUGCUGCUCUGACCGCGGUCAUUAACACCAAAUUGCCCUCUGUUGGCGAAUUAUUACUGACUCGACUGGUUGUCCAGUUUAGACGAGCAUUCAAGCGAAACGACAAGACUGUUUGCUUGGCAGUAACCAGCUUCAUUGCUCAUCUCACCAAUCAACUUGUCGCCCACGAAAUUCUAUCUCUUCAAAUAUUGGCAUUAUUACUGGAGCGUCCCACCGAUGAUUCUGUCGAAAUUGCUGUAGGAUUUAUGCGUGAAGUUGGCGCACAUCUCGCGGUUGUUUCACCCAAACCAAACAAUGCUAUCUUUGAUCGCUUCAGAGCCAUUUUGCACGAAGGUCAGAUCGAUAAACGAACGCAAUAUAUGAUUGAAGUAUUGUUUCAAGUACGAAAAGACAAAUUCAAGGACAAUGUUUCGAUUGCUCAGGAUUUGGACUUGGUAGAGGAAGAGGAUCAAAUCACUCAUUAUAUUGGAUUAGACGAUGAUGAACUCGAAACUCAGGAAAUGUUAAAUAUCUUCAAAUUCGACCCUGAGUACCAAGAAAACGAAGAAAAAUACGCCUCUAUCAAAGCCGAAAUUUUAGGCGAAGGUAGCGACGCGGAUGAUGAGAGUGGAGAUAGCGAUGACGACUCUGAAGAAAGUGAAGACGAGGGAGAGGAUGAAGAACAACAAAUUCAACAAAAAUUACAAAUUCAAGAUCGUACCAAUGCAGAUGUCAUUGCCCUGAGAAAGCAAAUUUAUCUCACCAUCAUGUCGUCUGUGGAUUUUGAAGAAUGUUGCCACAAGCUUAUGAAAUUGAAUAUCCAAGAGGGCCAAGAGAUUGAACUGUGCAAUAUGAUCAUCGAAUGUUGUUCUCAAGAACGCACUUAUCUCAAAUUCUACGGACUUAUGGGAGAACGAUUUUGCAAACUUAAUCGUUCAUGGGGUGAAGCGUUUGUUCAAUGCUUUACGGAUGUGUACGAAACUGUCCACCGAUACGAGACCAACCGAUUGCGCAAUGUUGCUAAAUACUUUGGACACUUGUUCUCAACCGACUCUCUUCCUUGGACCUGCUUCGAAGUUAUCAAGCUGAAUGAAGAGGAUACCACGUCGGCUUCUCGUAUUUUCAUCAAAAUUCUCUUCUUGGAGAUCAGCGAAACCAUUGGCCUUAAAACUCUCAAGGAACGCUUCAAAGAUCCUUAUUUGCAAGAAAGCUUCCAGGGCAUGUUCCCCAAGGAUAACCCGAAGCACACCCGUUUUGCUAUCAACUAUUGGACCUCCAUUGGACUUGGUGGUAUAACAGACGACCUCCGUGAAUGGCUCCGCAAUGCACCCAAGAUGAUUAUGCGCCGUCAAGCUGAGAGUGACAGUAGCAGUGGUAGUGAUAGCGAUUCCGAUAGUAGUAGUGGUAGCAGCAGCAGCGGUAGCGACACCGGUAGUAGUAGCAGUGGUUCGAAUAGUGACAGCGACUAUUAAAAGAAAAAUAGCCUUGUCAUUUUUAUAUAAAAAAAACCAAGAUAUACGUUUUAUCUCUACUGGUUCGCUUCUUAUCACACGA